AUGUCUCUUCUAAUACCAACGCAACAAGAUUAUAAGGAUGCCAGACAAGGAUACGAGAGAUUGCCUGUUUAUAAAGAGAAACACGAUCAAUUGGUGAAACAAGGAAAAAUCAAAUGGAAAUUUGAAGUGGUGCCGGGUUUUUUCAAACAAUCGGAUAAUGAUACUGAUGAUUUGCAAUUUAAUUAUGCCACUAAUGAUUUUGGGAUAAUGAAACCUUGGAACCAGAUAAUUGAUGAAUUGAAUCAAUUAAAUGGAUCAUCGGAUGAAAAGUACAAGUUACUCUUCCUAGCUCGUCAUGGUCAAGGUUAUCAUAACGUUGUGGUGUCAAAAUAUGGAUCGGAAGCGUGGAGGAAUAAGUGGCAUAAUUUAGGAGUUGAUGGAGAUAUCAUUUAUGGACCAGAUCCGGAAUUAACACCUUUAGGGAUCUCUCAGGCUGAAGAGAAUAACCAGGUUUGGCACCAACAAGUUAAGAAUGGAUGUCCUGUUCCAACUAAAUAUUACGCAUCCCCACUUCAAAGAUCAAGCAUGACAAUGGUAGUCAGUAUGAAAGAUAUUUGGCCAGAAAAUAGACAAGUUAUUGUGUCAGAAAAGAUCAGAGAGAUCAUUGGUUUCCAUUUGUGUAAUAAAAGAUCAUCCAAAGAUACCAUAUUGGAAAGAUUUGGUAAAUAUGGGUUUGAAACUGAGGAUGGAUUUUCCGAGGUGGAUGAAUUAUACAAUGACGAAGAAGAAACUUUUGACGAUAAUUGUAUCAGGGUAGAGUCUUUCCUUGAAGACUUAUGGGAAGUUGAUGAUAAGGUUAUCAAUGUUACUUCACAUGGUGGUACAAUCAAAUGCUUUUUAGCAGUAUUGGGUCAUAGGAAUUUUACUAUAUCCACUGGUGGGAUGAUACCUGUUGUAGUCAAAGGCAGUAGAGUAAAUAGCUGA